AUGGGCGCCGCGAAAUCGAAAUCAGCGUCCAUCGUGAACGCGUCGAAACCCGCGCGCGCGCUCCCUCGUCCCGGCGCGACGCCCAUCGCGCCGUACGUCCCGCCCGACACUUUCGUCCAGGCGUCCCCGGUCGACGACGCGCGAGCCGACGACACCGCGCUGCGCGAGAUGAUGUCCAAGCUCGUCGUGCGCACCACCGAUGUCUCCGCGGAGGACUACGGCUACGCCCCGUCGCCAGCGAGCGCGGUGAAGCGAAGGGAACCGCCGGGGACGGAGGCGCUGCUGAAGCCGCGCGACGUCGCCGAAGCGCUCGAGCGACACCGCGCGAGCGCGUUCUCAGACGCGAUCGUGGAAGAGAUCGCGCGAGAACGACGCGGAAAGUUAGAUUCAAAAGUGCUGGGGCUGAUGAUGAAGCACGUGCGCGCGCACGCGUACGCGGAGGAGGAGGACGAGCGGCGGCCGGGCGGGACGCUGCGCGUCGGGAGAUGGUAG